GAUGUCAUCACGUUUAACGUCUGUAAUAUUCCAGAAAGUACCUUAAAGCAUGAUUCUUAAGUUGGAGAUCGUUGUUGGUCUGUAAUUUAUACAGUGUAGUAUAUUUAAAAUAUAUAGAGACUUUGUCGAGUACUGAAAUACGAUUCGGUAACAGUACUGGAUUGUUCACUGCCGAUUUACAGUGAUCGAACAAGUAGGAGUGAAUGCCACGUCAAUAACUUAAUAUUACCGCUUAGUACCGACUAAUUGGAUUGCAAAGCCCGAAGAUCGCGGUUCGAUGCUCUGCUACGCAUCGCGAUGAGCCGCCCUUCCUCUGCCGGACCUAGUGUUAGCAAACCCUGCAGCAAGCAACAGCAGCACGCUCCGUCGCCUGUUCUUCCGCCUCCUUUGCCUCCAGGAUCUGGAAGUGCUGCCUUGCUACCUGCUGCUGCAGCUGUCAUUACCGGCCCCGGGCCGGUGUCCCCCCAGCACCACGAACUGACCUCGAUCUUCGAGUGCCCUGUUUGUUUCGACUAUGUGCUGCCGCCGAUCCUUCAGUGCCAGGCUGGACACCUUGUUUGCAACACAUGUCGCCAGAAACUGUCUUGCUGCCCGACGUGUCGUGGCUCGCUGACACCCAGUAUAAGGAAUUUGGCCAUGGAGAAGGUGGCUUCAGCAGUCCUCUUCCCUUGCAAGUAUGCUUCAACAGGAUGUUCGCAGUCAUUUCAUCACACAGAGAAGCCAGAACAUGAGGACAUCUGUGAAUACCGUCCCUACUCCUGCCCCUGCCCUGGUGCUUCCUGCAAAUGGCAGGGCUCCCUUGAAGCUGUAAUGCCACACCUCAUGCACGCGCACAAAAGCAUCACCACCUUGCAAGGAGAAGAUAUUGUGUUCCUUGCCACAGACAUUAACCUGCAGGGGGCAGUAGACUGGGUAAUGAUGCAGUCCUGCUUUGGCCAUCAUUUCAUGCUUGUACUGGAGAAACAGGAGAAGUACGAAGGUCACCAGCAGUUUUUUGCCAUUGUUUUACUGAUCGGUACACGGAAGCAAGCAGAGAACUUUGCAUACAGACUUGAACUGAACGGCAGUCGCCGACGAUUAACUUGGGAAGCUACACCACAGUCUAUUCACGAUGGAGUGGCUGCUGCUAUAAUGAACAGUGAUUGUCUUGUUUUUGACACAGCCAUAGCACAUCUUUUUGCAGAUAAUGGAAACCUUGGUAUUAAUGUGACUAUUUCUACUUGUUGCCCAUGAGCUGCAUGUUUCAGUCUUACAACAAUGUGAAUUUAUAUGUGUUUCAUCCCUUUUGGAUCUGUUUUUUCUCCUUUCUCUUAUCUGUGCGUUUACAUUGAGUCCAAGAAUAUUUUGCCAAUUGUAUGCCUACAAUCCUGAUGAGUACUACAUGUGGUAUGCAUUACUCAAGACAAAAAGCAGGUUUUUGUACCGUAAUAUGCAUUUGGAUUGGAGGUUAAUAACUUCACAAAUCAAAUUACGCCUCUAGUAACCCACAGGAAAAAGUUAAAACCAUCUUGUUCCCCUUUGACCACAUCACCAAAGAUUAAAAAGUGAAAUUUGUAUAUGUUUGAGUCCACAUCUGAUGGUUUUAGUAAGUGGCUAUUCAUUCUGCCAUAGAGCUUUUAUUAAUGUGAAAAAGGUUCAUAGAAACAUGUAGCUGAAAUGUUUGUUAGUAGUGUCAUGUUGAUAUUGUUGCCAUAGGUAUUUUAGUUUUGUAAUAAACACAUCAAGGAAA